AUUAUUUCAACUUUCAAUAAUUAUUUACAAUUGGAAAUGAAUGUCAGAAUAUCCAGUGGAAGGAUUAAACAGGGUGAUUACACCAGACAAGUUUAUACAUGGAUUAAAUUUGGUCAAUACAAAGAGGCAAUUAGUUUCCUGACUGAACAAUCAUUAAUAAAUCACAAUUCCCGAGAAGCGCUUUCAUUACUUGGUUAUUGUUUCUACAUGAUUCAAGAUUUUGCUAAUGCUGCUCUGAGUUACGAAUCUUUGAGCUCACUUUAUCCAGAUAAUGAUAAUUACAAGCUUAAUUAUGCUCGAUCACUCUACCAAUUAUGUAGCUUUGAUGAUGCCUUACGAGUAACUUUAACCAUUGACAAUAGAAGCACAAUGAUUGAGAAAGGACAAUUGGUUAAACUACAAUCAGUGAUAAAAUAUGGACAAGAUGAUUUAACAGCAGCGCGUUCAUUAAUAGAUCAAUUGGCAGCUGAUGAUCCGGAUCGUGAAGUUAACCAAGGUUGUGUUUUAUACAAAGAGUCUCGGUACGAAGAAGCAUUGACUAAAUUUCUUAAUGGUUUAACCAUCGAAGGCUAUAAACCUGAUUUAUCAUACAAUGUUGCUUUGUGUUACUACCAACUCAAACAAUAUCCUCUGGCAAUGAAAUAUAUUGGUGAUAUAAUAGAAAAAGGUAUUCGAGAUCACCCUGAAUUGAGUGUCGGAAUGACUACUGAAGGAAUUGAGGUUCGAUCGGUUGGGAACACAAUUACUUUACAUGAAACUGCUCUGGUUGAAGCAUUCAAUUUAAAAGCCGCAAUUGAAUAUCAAAAUAAAAACAUGGCAGCUGCUCAAGAAGCGUUAACUGAUAUGCCACCUCGAUCCGAAGAAGAGCUUGAUGCCGUUACUCUCCACAAUUCAGCUUUAAUGUCCAUUGAUAUUGAUCCAGCCGAAGGUUUUGAAAAAUUACAAUUUUUAAUCCAACAGAAUCCAUUUCCACACGAAACCUUUGCCAACCUGUUAUUGCUCUACUGUAAAUAUGAAUAUUAUGAUUUAGCGGCUGAUGUUAUGGCUGAAAAUGCUCAUUUUACAUACAAAUAUCUAACUCCUUAUUUAUACGAGUUUCUUGAUGCUCUAAUAACCCAACAGACGUCACCUGAAGAAGCUUACAGAAAGUUUGAUGAAAUGUCGGCUAAGCACAGCGAUCUAUUGAGGAAGCUAUCCAAACAAAUCCAAGAAGCCAAGGUUAAUCCAAUGAGUGAUGAGAAUGUGAUAAAGAAGUUGAAUUAUGAAUAUGAUAAAGCUUUGGACAGCUUUAUGCCAGUUCUCAUGGCUCAGGCAAGAAUCUACUGGGACAUGGAAGCUUACUCACAAGUCGAAAAGGUUUUCCGUAAAUCUGUUGAAUUCUGUAACGAUAAUGAUAUUUGGAAAUUAAAUGUUGCUCAUGUUUUGUUUAUGCAGGAAAACAAAUUCAAAGAAGCAACCGGAUUUUAUGAGCCUUUGGUCAAGAAAAAAUAUGAUAACAUCCUGAAUGUUAGCGCAAUUGUUUUAGCCAAUUUAUGUGUCUCUUAUAUAAUGACUGGUCAAAAUGAGAAUGCUGAAGAGUUGAUGAGGAAGAUCGAGAAAGAGGAAGAGCAAUUGGCUUAUUCUGAACCAGAUAGGAAAAUAUUUCAUCUUUGCAUUGUAAACCUGGUCAUAGGUACUUUAUACUGUGCUAAGGGUAAUUACGAGUUUGGUAUCUCUCGAGUUAUUAAAAGUUUGGAGCCAUUCAACAAGAAACUGGGAACAGAUACUUGGUUUUAUGCUAAAAGAUGUUUCCUUUCAUUGCUGGAAAAUAUGGCCAAACAGAUUAUUGUAAUGAAAGAUUCAUUUCUUCAGGAGUGUCUAACUUUUUUAACCAACAUCGAAGAGCAUGGGACUCGAAUUAAAGCAAUCAUUGAGCCUCCAUUAGAGCUCGAGACUUUACAUCCAGGUAAAAAUACAGUCACUUAUGAAGCUAGAUUAUUGAAAUGUCUUUUGCUUCAAAUAAUGUAACUGUAUAUUGACACUUUCCUGCUUAGAGAGGCUAGUUGGCUUCGCUAAUCCAAUUCAAAUAACAUGUUGAUCCGUCUUUAGUUCACAAUCUUUUUAAGGAUUCCCUGCAAUCAGAAUAAAAAAUAUAUUAAAAUAUGUAAUCAUUGUCAAAUUAAAUAUGUUUACAUUGAA